CUAUUGGCUUAAUACAAGAAUCUCACUUGCAUUAGCAAAAAAUGUCGAAAUUAGUAUUGUAUUACGACGAUGUUAGUCCACCGGUACGCAGUUGUCUGCUGCUUAUCAAACUGCUGGACUUGGAUGUGGAAUACAAAUUUGUGGAUUUGUUCAAGGGCGGUCAACUUGACAAGGCUUUCUUGGAGUUAAAUCCAAAUCACACAGUGCCUACUCUGGUUCACGAUAACCUGAUUAUUACCGAUAGUCAUUUGAUACUUAUGCAUCUUUGUGAGAAAUUUGAAAACGCCAGCGAAGAUGAGGCAUUAUGGCCGCGAAAUUACGAGCAGCGCAUUCGUGUAUGGAAUUUGCUGUUUUUUGAGUGCUCAGUGCUUUUUCGAAGAGACAGCGAGUUUUUGUCCGGCAUUGUUCGUGGUGGCUUCAAAAGUGUUGAUUUACCGCUGCACGAACGUAAACUGCUAGAGGCCUAUACUAUGAUGGAGACAUAUCUGCGAAGGCACAAAUAUAUGGCCGCUGAUCAUUUGACUAUUGCUGACAUAUCCAUCGUAACCACAUUGAGUACGGUGAAUCUAAUGUUUCCGAUUGCCGCUGGCGCCACAGACAAAUGGCCUCUAUUGAAUGAUUGGUUCGCGCGCAUGCGAGCAUUGCCGAUAUAUCAUAUCAAUGAGACUGGUCUGGAAAAGCUACGCGUUGUCAUCGAGCGAAUUGGCAAAUUUAAAUUUCCAACAAGCGAAAUUGCGACACCACCCGAAGAGGAGCAGGAGCCCAAGGAGGAACCUAAGACAGAAGAAGCGAAUGUUGUGAGCCAAGAAAAUGAUGAAGACAAUAGGCGAGAAAAUACUCCAAAUGUGGAUUAGUUUAAAUUCACUGAGAUUUACCGAAAUUUUGAAAUAUAUUUUCUUUACGGUUUUCAUAAAUUUCAUAUGAAGGAACUGCUUAAAUUAUUUAAGUGAAAUGUAUUAAAGAUUGAUUUAAAUCGUUUUAGUAAGUAAUAGAGCAUAAAUUCGGAUUAAAGAGAACGAUUUUCAGAAA